AUGUCGCAGAUCAAUACCUCGGAACAUUCAGAUGAAAAGAAAAAACCUUCACAAAAUGAAUUGGAAUUAGAAUUUGUUGAUGAAGUACAUGUAAAAGCUUUCGCCAAAGCUCUUUCGGAUGAUCCAGAAUCCGAUCAAACUGAGCACAUCGCAGCUGUAACCGAUUUCAUGCCAACUCGUCAAAAAGUAAAAAGGAAAAAGGCUUCUAAAGAAUUUGAAGGAUAUUCAUAUCAUAUUAUCAGAUAUCCUUUGAUGUCCUUAAUUUUCGCGAUCAUAAUCUUCGAAUUAUUGUUAUAUAUUCUGAUUCGACAAAUCGUCAAUUUUUGGGAAUAUUUUUAUCAAUGGAGAGGAAAACGUCGACUAUUGAGAGAAAAAAUGCGUAAAAGCAACAAUUAUGAAGAAUGGAUUGAAGCUGCAAAGGAAAUAGAUGCACAUUUCAAAUAUGAUGAAUGGAAAAAGGAAAUUCCUUAUGGAUAUUAUGAUUAUAGCCUUUUACUAAAAGUCGAUCGAGAUUUGAGAUCUUUACGUCAAGGUACUACCGAAAACCCACAGAAAUUGAUGAAUGUCCUUCAAAAUUGUGUUAAGCAUAAUUAUGCGGGGAUUGAGAAUGUUAGAUUAUAUUCUCAUUCUUAUUAUGGAACAAAAAAUGUUGUCGAGGAAUAUAUUAAUGAAGUAACCGAAUCUCUUGAAUUUUCAAGGACCACAAAAUCAUUAUCGAUCGGGGAUAAACAUGAACUCUUUAAAAAUACUUACAAAAAUUAUGGACGAACGGCGCUUUGCCUUAGCGGCGGUGCUAGUUUUGGAUAUUAUCACCUGGGUGUUGUGAAAGCACUUUUUGACGCAAAACUUUUACCGUCUGUGGUUUCUGGAACCAGUGCAGGUGGAUUGAUCGCUGCAUUGGUUUGUGUAAGAACUGAUAAGGAAUUGGAUCAAAUAUUGACUCCUGAAUUAUACUCACGGUUAACACCAUGUUCAGAUUCGUUUCUUGUAUGGUGUCAGAGAUGGUGGAAGACCGGCGCUAGAUUCGAUGCGUGUGAUUGGGCUCGGAAAGUUCAAUGGAUAACUAGAGGAAGUUUGACAUUCAAAGAAGCAUAUGAAAGAACCGGGAGAAUUUUAAAUAUUUCAGUGAUUCCUUACGAUCCGCAUUCCCCUCCAAAGGUCAUAAAUUACAUAACCGCACCUGAUUGCGUUAUUUGGUCAGCAGUUAUCGCUAGCGCUGCUGUUCCUGGUAUAUUAAAUCCUGUUGUAUUAAUGCAAAAGUUAAAGGAUGGUUCAAUUAUACCAUAUAAUUAUGGUUAUAAAUGGAAGGAUGGAUCGCUCCGCACCGACAUCCCCGUUCAGCCUUUAAAUAUGCAUUUUAAUGUUAAAAAUACCAUCGUUUCCCAGGUGAAUCCACAUAUUCAUCUUUUUUUUUAUGCUCCUCGUGGUUCAAUCGGUAGACCGGUAACUCAUCGUCAUGGAAAAGGUUGGCGAGGUGGAUUUUUGGUUGCUAGCAUUGAACAAUAUCUAAAGUUAGACCUUAACAAGUGGCUUAAAUGGAUACGUGACCUUGACCUCUUGCCAAAGGUUGCUGACCAGGAUUGGAGUUCAAUUUGGUUACAAAAGUUUGAAGGAAACAUAACGAUAUGGCCCCAUUCAAGUUUUUUAGAUUUUUUUUAUAUUCUGACCGAUCCAAAUCGUGAAAGACUCGCAAGAAUGAUCACGGUUGGACAACGAGUAACUUGGCCCAAAUUGCACAUGAUUUCGAAUCGUCUUAGGAUUGAGAGAGCAAUUCAAAAAGGUCGCGAAACACUUAGACGAGAAUUACGUAGACAAAGAUAUCUCGAUGUUAAUAAUCGCAAUUCUGUAAGAAACGGUGACGAUGUUGGAAAUAGCAGAAAUCAGAUUAAUGAUUUCCGAGACCGUAACAUUGCCUCACCUAUUCUCAGUAAUGAUGGUACCGAUGAUUUAAGUAGACUUGAGGAUGAUUUAGAUGAUUAUUUAGGAAAUGAGGAAUCUGCAGAUGUUGAGAUUUGUGGUUAUUAUGGUGACGGAAGUAGCAAAGCAGAAAGUUUUGAAUCGGAUAAUGCUCCUUAUGAUUCAUCAUCAUCUGAUGAUGAUGAUUAUAGUACUUUUGACGAUAUUGACACUCCAGGUCAUCAUGAGUAUCUUAUAUCUUCAAAUGUUCCUCUUAACAUUUGA